UACUGAGAGGAGGAGGAGGAGGAGGAGGAGGUGCCUUCUGAAUUUCACACCUGAACCGAGCCAGCUGUUUGGGAUGUUUUCUUCUGUUUUUCCGUGAACGACGCUGGUGUUUGUGAAAUUCAGUCCACCGUGGAUUUUGGUGCUCUCUGUGUGUUCUCCGUGUAUCGGUUUUUGUAUCUUCGUGAGGACGCAGGACUCAGGUUGAGCUAUUGAACUCUGGUAGAUAGAGAAACGGCUCAAGACCAGCACACAAACAAAAACUAACAUCAUUCCUAUUGGAAUAUAGCUUAACUUAAAGCGCCUGGCUCGAGAAGUCACAUUGACUGCUGCUGUAUAAAUAUAUAUAAAACACAAAAUACUCGAAAUAGGAAGCUGGCUUUUCGUAUUUCGAUCGUUUUUUGUGAUUUAAUCGCGGUGUGUCGCCGUUUUGUACGCUGUUCAUCCGCAUACGCGAUGCUCUUGUGUUUACCUCACGGUUUUUAAGGCCACACGAAAAACUUAACGAUAUUUUUGGUUGUGUUUUUCUUUGUCUUUAUCGCGUUUGGAACUGAAAGAAACUGAGAAAACGCCAUAAAAACGCGUUAAACUCCAGUGUUUUGUCCGUACCGGCUUCAUCUUAACACACAAAGCCGUGUUUUCGUGCUUACUCGCCGGACGCUACCUUCAGACAGCUGCAGCGUAUCCUAGCGACACCCAGCACUGAGCCAACCAGCAGCAGCGCGUGCCCCGCUCAGCCCGUGAACAUGACGGAUGGACCGAGACAAAGAGGGAGCGUGGCGACCACAGGCAGCGGGGAUGGAGCCGCUGCAGCCGGUAAACCUGCCGGAGAGUCUGUGGCACUGAAGAAAGAGAUUGGCCUGGUCAGCGCCUGCGGGAUCAUCGUGGGUAACAUUAUUGGAUCAGGCAUCUUCGUCAGCCCUAAAGGUGUUCUGGAGAACGCCAGCUCUGUUGGUCUAGCACUCAUCGUGUGGAUCAUCACAGGAGUUAUCACAGCCAUCGGGGCACUCUGCUACGCUGAGUUGGGCGUCACCAUCCCCAAGUCUGGAGGUGACUACUCUUAUGUGAAGGACAUCUUCGGAGGACUGGCAGGGUUCCUGAGGUUGUGGAUCGCUGUGCUGGUAAUCUACCCCACUAACCAGGCAGUCAUCGCUCUGACCUUCUCCAACUACGUCCUGCAGCCCCUGUUCCCCACCUGCUUCCCUCCGGAGAACGGCCUGCGUCUGCUCGCGGGCAUCUGCCUGUUGUUGUUGACAUGGGUGAACUGUGCCAGCGUGCGCUGGGCUACACGAGUGCAGGACAUGUUCACGGCAGGGAAACUGCUGGCUCUCAUCCUCAUCAUCAUCAUGGGCAUCGUGCAGAUCUGCAAGGGAGAGUAUUACUGGUUGGAGCCAGCCAAUGCCUUUGAGCCCUUCCAGGACUACGAUGUUGGUCUGAUAGCUCUGGCAUUUUUACAAGGUUCUUUUGCUUAUGGAGGGUGGAACUUCCUCAACUAUGUAACAGAAGAGCUGGUGGAUCCCUAUGUAAACCUUCCUCGUGCUAUCUUCAUCUCCAUUCCCCUGGUGACGUUUGUUUAUGUUUUUGCUAACAUCGCCUAUGUCACUGCUAUGAGCCCUCAGGAGCUGUUGGCCUCCAAUGCUGUUGCUGUGACGUUUGGUGAGAAGCUGUUGGGAGUGAUGUCAUGGAUCAUGCCCAUCUCGGUGGCCCUGUCCACCUUCGGGGGGGUCAACGGCUCCCUCUUCACCUCCUCUCGGUUGUUCUUUGCUGGUGCCAGAGAGGGCCAUCUGCCCAGCCUGCUGGCCAUGAUCCACGUGAAGCGCUGCACGCCUAUUCCAGCACUGCUGUUCACUUGUAUCUCAACUCUUCUGAUGCUGUGCACUAGUGAUAUGUACACACUCAUCAACUAUGUGGGCUUCAUCAACUACCUCUUCUAUGGUGUCACUGUUGCCGGGCAGAUUGUACUGCGCAUCAAAGAGCCAGACAUGCACCGACCAAUCAAAAUCAGCCUUGUGUGGCCGGUGAUCUAUCUGCUGUUCUGGGCCUUCCUGCUGAUCUUCUCUCUAUACUCUGAGCCCGUGGUGUGUGGCAUCGGCCUGGCCAUCAUGCUCACCGGUGUGCCUGUCUACUUCUUGGGUGUCUACUGGGACAACAAGCCCCAGUGCUUCAACACAUUUGUGGACAAGAUGACAUACCUGGGUCAGAAGUUCUGCGUAGUGGUGUAUCCAGCAGAGGAUGAGAAAAAAGAGGACUGUGGAGAGGAGAUGGAAAUGAGGACGGAGACAGCUCCUCUAUCGGGAGGGGAAGAGGGGGAGACGUCAAAAUCGGCAGAUUACUGAGCAUCAACACGCAAACACACAAGCAGAGUGCCAGUUUGAUACAGAUAUGCUACUGGAAGCUACUGGAGUGAAAACUCAUGGAGCACACACUAGUACACCCUUCUGAUUGUUGUAUAUACUUUUGGACAUUUGCUGGUGUUUUAGCCGGGGUGGUAUUGGAGGGUAGAGUCAGAGGUCAGAGGAGAGUGGAUCACUAAACAGAUUUAUGUGAUAUGAUUAUGUACAUCAUUUCUACAUUAAACAGAAACAAUGAGCUGUAUUAUAUCAACACAUUCCAGUCUUAAUUUUGCUGAUGGUUUGGUAAUAACUGUGUUGUUGUAAUAGAGUGUGUUUGUGUGGACAUGAUGCACAUAAUUCACGCGAUUCGAUGCAUCAGUGUAGUGCUACAGUCCUCAACCUGGUGGCCAGUCUACACUGGCAGUCACAGAUUAAUCAGAGGCAUUAAACUCCAUCCCUCAGCACUGCCUCCUCCACCUCCACUGGAGUUACAGCUUUAGAUUCUCUGAUGUGAUGAAACUCAGAACUCCAGAAUGUACAUUAAAUACUGCUAUUUUCUAAGACCUGAUUUGUGAUGCAGAGUUAGUUUAGAUCAGUGUUAUUGACUAUGAUGUCACAACUGCAACCAAAACAGUGAUUGUUAUUUUCCAUCCUACUGUUGUAACACUAAUCCCCAGACUCCAGCUGAAGUCACUCCUCCACCCUUUACUGUAGCUCUUCAUCCACACAUUUUAGAUAUAAAACACUGCCACAUCUAUUUGCAAUCACUGCUGAUAGUGCAGUAUUAGUCUUUCACUUCCUCUAAAAACAUCUUUUUUUUGUUUUUCUUUUUAUGUUUAGUUUAAAAGUAUUCUGAUUCAGAAAUCUCACCUCAGAUCAUGAUCAUUCAGCUACUCAUUGAUACACUAAAGAACCAUUUCUGACUUUGAUUCCAAAACCCUUUAUCUUUUUUUAUCCUUUUGCCUUAAUUGUCAUAUCUUGAUUAUUAUUUUUUUUAUCUUGUUCUGUCAUUAUUGUUAUUAUUUUGUGUCCUUUUCAGUCACUGCUUGUUGUUUUUAUCCGGAUGAUAACUCUGGGAUGUUCCUUUUUGAGAUAGUAUAUUUACAGUAUAUAUUUAAAAAACGCAUUUUGCGGAUUAUAGUAGGUUUUUUUAUACCAGAAUCUUUCUCUGGUGUGAGUAUAAUUCUAGCAUUUUAAAUUGCCUUAAUUAUAAUAUAAUACACAUAGAGCAGAGCCUGUCUCAGGCAUUCUAAUUACCAUUGUUAUUAUCACUUUUGAACAGUUAUUAUUGUUUGUUUGUUUGUUUUUUUUCUUUAUAUUUUUUGAAGAUAAAAGAAGUUUCUGAAAAACCAAAAAGGCUAAGAAAUUCAAUGCUGACUGCUGACUUAUUACUUCUGCAUGAACUAAACAGGCUGAACAGGACCUGACAGUGGAAGCAGGCCUAUAAACAGGGGGCAGAAGAGUCAUAUGAAUGAUGAUAUACUAAUGGCUUUUGAUUCACUCACAAACCUUAAAAGCACACAAAUACAGCAUUAAUACCCACAACCUUUGAUCAGAUGUAGAGGAAAUAACUUAAUAUGUUAAAUAAACACAUUUAGAUCACUAAAUACAGGAAAUCAGGUGAAAAGAAUAUAGAUGUAUAAACAUAUAUUGAAUGUCAUUAAACAUUACACAUGUAUUUUUUCAGAAGAAAAAAAAAGAAGAGUAAUGUAGUGCUAUUUUUGGAUUUCACAUGUGUGUGUGUGUGAUUGUGGAAAAGGUUGAUGUAAAGCAAUAGUGGCAUUAUUAAUGUGUAAUUAUUAAUAUAUAUAUAUACUUGAACUAAAACAUGUAUUAAGAGCCAGAUAAAUAAUUUCUUAUUGAUAUUCAUAUAUGAAUAAUCAAAAAGUAUAUAUCUAUGUAUUGUGUUAUAGAUGUCAGUGUGAGUACAAUAACUUCAGAUGAUGGACCAAACCAGGCCUUCAUUUCAUUUCUUCAUUUCAUCACAUACAUCUACGCAUAUUCAUUUUUAGUUAUUCAUAUGAAGUUAUUUAUAUAAAUACUCAGACGUUGUGUAGAUGUAUAAUAGAUGUUGGAGUGAGUCCAGUCGCUGAAAUAAGACUCUGUUCACACCUGGUCACUAUGUGAGUAGUAUCUGAAUUGUAUCCUGGUAGGAUUUUAACCACAUGCCUUUACACUCUGUAGUAAAAAUGCGUUUCUGGUUAGCCAGACUGAAAUUUGAUUACUGUGUGGGGUAGAAUAUGGGAAUUAUUUACUUUCGAUUUCAUAAAUACUGUAUCACACAUGCUGUAAAACUGGUGGCAAAACAACUAACAGCUCCAACACAAUGGUCUACAUAUUUCACUCUAUAAAUAAUUAACACUAAAUUGUUUUUUUCCACAGAUGGUUGUUGAUGUGGUAGCUACUUUAGUAAUGUGAACACUAUGUCCACAUUUAAGACUAAAUUUUACAUUUAAACUAAAUUCAGAGCCAUUUAUUGACUGGAGAGCUUCCAAAAAAGAGGCUUAAGGAACUUACACUCUCACAAAUGAAGGUGCUUUAAAGGCGAUGCCAUAAAAGAAUACAUUUUGAUUAAAAAAAUAAUUAAUACAAAUGCGUAACAGAGAUGUCAGUUGUCCUUUCUAAACCUGAAAGGUUAACAAAUUGGUACUUUAUAGAACCAAAAGGGAUUAUUUUUGGCAUGACUCAAAGAACCCUUUGUAGCACCUUUAUUUUUUACGAGUAUACGAGGUCCUCAAGCAGCAGGUGCAAACUAUAUAAAUGGGUAUAAAUCAUAUCCCGUUACAUUACAUUACAUUACAUUUGGCAGACGCUUUUUUUUGUUGUUGUCCAAAGCGACUAACAAUAAUGAUGUACAAUAGAGUAAUAGAAGUUUAAGGUAAAAAAAAAACCAUCUUUACAUAGGGCCUAAAGGAGGUCAAAAGGUAAUAGUGGAAUAGAAGAGGAAAAGAGGGGCAGAAGGAAAAGAGGUUAGAAGUAGUUAGUUUGUUAGAGGUGUUAAAAGAGUGAGUGCUCUUUAAAGAGCUCUGUCUUCAGGAGCUUCUUAAAGAUAGCGAGGGACGCUCCUAAUUUGGUAGUGGAAGGGAUCAUUUCCUCACCUGACAACAGCCAGUGUAAAGGUGUACUGGGUUUACUGGGUGUAUCUGAAUAGAGAAACUACCAGGCCUUGAUAUAAAAGACAUUUCAUACACAUCCAAUAAGCUCCAUCAAAUCAGCUCCAUAAGUGCAAUCAAAGCGUGAUAGAAAGAGUCAGGGGCGCUGUUUAUGUAAACAUGUAGUCUGUUCUGGUCACAGGGUCUUUGUGUUCGCAGACACAGAUUUGUCUAUGUGCCUAUGUGUUGAUGUCAAAUUUUACUUGGAAGAUACUUGUGAUACAUAAAUGGUCUCUAUGUGCC